AUGGACAACGCUGAACUACAAUAUGCUACACAUCUAGUAGUCCUACAACACGGACUGAUGGGUAGUAAGCACGAUUUUGCGCGCUUCGUGGAAAUAUUCCAAACGCAUUUUCAGACAGAUGAGUUGUUCCUGCACGCAACAGAAAGCAAUGCCAAUGGCUUCUUCCGGACAUAUGAUGGUGUGGAUCAAGGUGGUCAACGUAUAGCUGACGAGAUUCAACAACUUGCAGAGAAGAUGCCUAAUCUACAAAAAAUCUCGAUGAUUGGCCAUUCCCUUGGAGGGUUGUACAAUCGGUUUUGUAUUGGAUUGUUAUUAAGUCGUGGCUUCUUCGAUAAGGUCGAACCGAUGAACUUUAUAACGCUGGCGUCACCGCAUCUCGGUAUCCGUCGCCCUCGUCGCGGUGCAACCAAUGUCGUCUUUAAUGCAUUGAUGCCCAAAAUCUUCAGCAGGUCGGGAGCACAGCUCACGCUUAUUGAUCAAGCAAGUGAAGAAACAAUCAAAUUAAGCAGACCUUCAAUCAGACAUCUCAAAAAAGUCUAUUAUCCAGCUCUUAGCGAAAUAGAAGGAUUGCUGUUAGUUAGUCUUCCCGCAUCAGAAAUGGAGCAAGACGACAAAACCUUUUUUGAGGUUUUUAAAUGCAAAGUCAGCGACCGAAAGCUUUGUGUGUAUGAUAACAUAGAGGAUUCAAAGCACGAGCUGAAGCUGGAAAUUAAUCUCUCGUGCUCAGAAAUUCAAAUAUUAUUGCCAAGUAGCACGUCGAAAGGUGACAACGCCGUGUUUCCAAAGUUUGCUACUAGACAAAAUGGUGCCUUCGACAAAUUUGAUGGUGAAAACAACUUUGACGUACUGAUCCGAUGGUCCACCGAGUCCAAUUCUGAUACUGUAGAUACUGUCAAAACGUAUACGUGUGUGCUUCGUAUUCCUGAAAAAGACAUGCAGCGUGACUGGAAAUGGCUUGUGGUAUUCAGUAACGCUAGUUUUGGUGUGCGCUGCCUCACAGCAACAAACUGUCCAGAUGAAGCAAAAGCUGGAAAGCCUUCCGUGCCACCUUUGCUCAGUUGUUUGACACGAGGCCACUUUAAUCAAGCGCUGCAAUUGUUUAAAGCACGAACUCUGUAUUCGAGUAUCUUUUUUGAUAUGCAAGUUCCGUACACUUGUGCUGCAGUACGCGCUUUCAACCCGUAUCGUUUGAGCGCGAAGAAGGUUAGAUUGUCUCCUACAUACACCCAUAUCGUACACAACUCGCUCAAAGUUGCGCAUAAACUACGAGACACGAUUCCUCCUAAAAUCCAGCGUCUCGCGAUGGAAUGCAAAAAGCUAAAGCGGGCUGCUGUAUUCUCACCUUCAAAUGAAGACGAGCAGAAGCGAAAUGCAACCGAAGCUGAAGACAGCGACAUUGGUAUCACUAGUUCUUUAGGCAGCAGCGGAGGCACUUCUUGCUCUGCUUCAGAUUUUGAAAGAAAGUCGACAUCUAGCUUAAAAGGCACUGAUCGACACAAAGAUCUCGAUCAUAGCCGCCGUCGCGGGUAUACUAUGGGCUCGAAGCCAUUACAACGCCAAGAAGUGUCUCGUCCAGAACCUUUUAUCGAAGAUGACGUGAUCGUGGAUCAGCUUCCGUAUGCUUUUACGUCAGACGCAGAACAAGACGAAUUGCGUGGUAUGCUUUUGUCAGUGCAAAGCGUUGGCUGGCGACGGAUCGAUGUUCUUUUUGGCGGCGUGAUGUCACAUGAGCACAUCAUUGCUAAACGAGCGGACCUAAAAAAACCUCUCGAAUCAGGCAUUGACGUUGUGCACCAUGUCAUGGACACUUUUAUGAACUGGACUAAACGCCAUUUGCUCGACCAGUCCAGACGGAAAAAGUGA